AAUAGAUUGAUCAAAUCGGUAAAUGUGAAAAGUCAACAUCCAGCCGUUUAUGUUUAGUUUAGUAGAAUGAGGUGUAGACUUCAUUUGAAGUCGUUUAACCAAAGGUUAAAAUUGUUCUUCUUCAUCUUGUGCCUUACAGUUUUUCACAAUGAAUAUUUCGUAUACUGGCACGACUCCAUGAAAUGGCCCCAUGUCAAUUGCCUGCAGUCAGAAAAUCGACAUUGCCAACGCAUUUUGAUAGUGUCUGAUCCACAGAUAUUAGGUAUUCAUGAGGUUCUAGGUUGGAUUGCAUAUUCAGACAGUGAUAGGUACUUGGCAAAGUCCUUUUACUAUGCCUUACAUUACAUCAAACCAGAUGUUGUGGUUUUUCUAGGAGACCUGAUGGAUGAAGGAAGCACUAGCACAGAUGAUGAUUACCAAUUUUACAAGACGAGAUUUUCAGCAAUAUUUGAUAUUUCAAAAUUUAAAUCAAAGAUAAUCUACUUACCUGGGGACAAUGAUAUUGGGGGUGAAGGAGUAGAUCAUGUUACUAGAAGUAAGAUUGAACGAUUCAAUACCAACUUCCCAAACCAAAUGGAAAAUAUUUCUGGAAACAUUCAAUUUGUUGUGGUUAACAGAAUCAUUGGUGAUUUUAGUCUACCUUCUGUUUCAACUUUUGACGAUAAGUUCAGAGUUGUUUUGAGUCACAUUCCUUUGACUUUCAUUCCUGGCAUCUUCUCCCGAGAAGUCAUGCUCCAAUUGAAACCUAAUGUGAUAUUCUCUGCCCACGAUCACCGUGUAGCUAUGGCAACUACCCGAAAGAACGACAGCCGCUAUUUCGAAGUUGGCAGCUUCGUCGACGAUUCCACCGUAAUCAAGAAACAAAUCAACGAUCAAGACUGUACUGAAGUGAUUUGGCCAACUUGCUCAUACAGAAUGGGUGUAGUUAAGUCAGGCUACGGAUUCGCCACCAUCGGAAAUGAUGGGCAGAUGGAGGUGGGAGUCCUAUGGAUCCAUUCUCGCUUUUGGACACUAUACCUCUACUUAUUGGUUAUCGCUACGUGCCUUGUGCUCUCUGUUUUCUCCAAAUGUUUUAAAAGUUUCCUUUAAAUUCUGACAGGCCUCCGUCCAAUCCUUGUUGAUCUCGUUACACAAGUAAUUUGCCGGUAGGACUCGAUUUUUUGAAAUGAUAGCAAACUAAUUUGGACAUUGUUUAAUAAUAAAGUUUCUUUAAGAAUAA